AUGGAACACCUUUCGAAGAAGGAAAAGAAGAAACGCAGAAGACAGGCGAAUCGGCCAGAAACAUGGUCGGUAACCCCAAGGGAAGAGCCAGAGCCAGCUCCAGCGGCGCCGGAGCUUCCAGUACCAGAGGACGAUCGGCCGGAUACUUCUCCAUACACCAGUGCUACUAUGGCGCUUCGUUUUGGGACCGAAGGAAUUCAGUACAACGUUCCCGCUGCUCUUCUUCCGUCUUCCAUCAAUACCGACCCCGAGUAUUAUGACUAUACUCGCACAAUUUGCCUCUCCGACAUCGAUUCAGACAUCGCCCAUCCACUCGUGCACUUCCUCCACACAGGAAAAUACGAGACUCUACGAAGCGGGGAGGCAAGUUUAGUCGCGAGGGACAUUAGGGAGCACCAGCGGGCUCUGAACCUUUACGUUACUGCAAGCAAAUAUGGCUUACGCGAGCUGCAAAUCCUGGCGAUGGAGAAAAUCCGUUCCAUUAAGCCCGGUGUACCAGCAGGAGACAUCUUGGAACACCUAGAGGCAGUCAUGUCUGAUACUUCGGACGAGGAUGAGUUUCUGGAAGCUUACCUAACAGAUACACUCAAGAAAACCUUCGCGGAACUCGCCAACCUCUCGGGCAAGGUGCCCCGCAUCAAACUUAGCUCGCGUUUUGCAAGAGCAAUGGUGGUCAGUUUUGCAGCCAUCCUCGACGACAUGCAGGCGAGUGUUUCAGAGAAAGACAAGACCAGAAACACAGGAGAGUCCUUCCAUAUGCCAGCGCCUCCAGAGGAGCCUCCAGUGGAGGCGGAUUGUCUUUCUCUAUCGGGAACGGCCAAGUCUGAAGGGCUCACGCAUGAUUCGUUUUCGGUCGUUUCUUAUGAUACCAAAGAAGGGACUAGCUCCGAUCACAGACAGCAUGAUUCCGAUGCUUUUUCUGCUAACAUUCCCUAUGAUGGCCCAGAGCUGGAACAAUGCAAAAAAGGUGCACAGCCUCUAGAGGAAGCAGACGCUGGGAAACUACAGGAGCCAGAUGACGAGGAGGACUGGGUCCCGGUUUCGACAGCAAAGAAAGACAAGAAGAAGAAGAAGAAGACGCGAUCAGCUAUCAAAUAG